CGAGUGGCGCGCGUGAAUUUUUUCCGAUUGUUCUUGGCAGAUCGUGGAGCUCAAGGUCGCCAUGACUUGCGAGGGAUGCGUGGGUGCCGUGAAGAGGGUUCUGGGCAAAAUGCAAGGAGUGGAGUCUUUCGAUGUGGAUCUCAAGGAGCAAAAGGUAACCGUCAAGGGCAAUGUCAAGGCGGAAGACGUGCUCCAGACGGUGUCCAAGACGGGCAAAGCGACCACUUUCUGGCCCAAGGAAGAACAGUGAGCCAUCCAGCCAUGGCGAUCCAAUCCAUCGAGGAAAGAGUAGCGUAGAGAACACUCCUCCUCUCUCUCUCUCUCUCUCUUAUAACAUCACAACUAAGUUUCCUGCUAGAGAACUUGAUCGAUCGAGAACUUCGAGAGUA